AUGAUUGGAUCGUUUCUUACAAGAGGAUUGGUGAUGGUGUUGGGUUAUGCGUACCCUGCGUAUGAAUGUUACAAGACUGUUGAAAAGAAUAGGCCUGAAAUCGAGCAGCUUCGCUUUUGGUGCCAGUACUGGAUAUUGGUUGCUUGCUUGACAGUUUUUGAAAGAGUUGGUGAUGCUUUUGUUUCAUGGGUUCCAAUGUACAGUGAAGCUAAGUUAGCAUUCUUCAUUUACCUGUGGUAUCCUAAGACCAGGGGUACUACAUAUGUCUACGAGUCUUUCUUUAGACCAUAUCUCUCACAGCAUGAGAAUGACAUAGACCAUAGUUUAUUGGAGCUAAGAACAAGAGCUGGAGAUAUGGCGGUUAUAUACUGGCAACGAGUUGCAAGCUAUGGACAGACGAGAAUCUUUGAGAUUUUGCAGUACGUCGCUGCACAAUCAACUCCAAGACCGCCGCAGCCACCUCAGAAACGUGGAGGCAGAGCUAAUCAAGCUCCUCCUAAGCCGAAGAAAUCUUCCGUAGCACAACCUACAGCUGAAGAAGUAGAGGUGCUCGAUUCGUCUAGCAGUGAUGAUGAAGGUAACGAAGCUACCGGUAAAGCAGCAGGCCCUUCAAAACCGGCUUCUGCACCAGCCACGGUUACGAAAACCGCUCAGGUAGUACAAAAAUCAGUCGCAGCCGCUUCCCCAACCCAAUCAACCACCCAAGAGGAAGAAGUAGAACUAAUGGAGAUAGAAUCAGAAGAGGAAGCGGAAUCAGUGGAUGGAAGUUCGAAACAGGAAGGUCCAAAGGAGACGGUGAUGGAGCAGACAAUCAGGAUGACUCGUGGAAGGUUGAGGAAGACGCGUUCAGAAGAGAGCCGUUGA